GUCCGGUUCGUUUACUUUUAAAAUUAGAACAAAAUCCAACAAUUGGCGAGCCAGCCAGGAGGAGCUGAUACGAGAGAAACUCACCGACACAUCUACGAAGUGGAACAAUUCAGCAGAAGAAUCGUGGAGAUUUUUCCGGUUGAACUUUCCAGUCGAAGAUCGGCAAGACAAGAGUCUGCGGGUCCGCAAACAUCGCAAAGACCUUAACUCGGGAAUCUGUUGUCAUGGCUGCUGAGUUGCCGUCGGCUGCGCAGAUCCGUGUUCAUGGGGCUGGGCCAUUGAAACCUACGACAGAACGUCACGGAACAGCUCCUCCAAGCACAACCAUCGAUCAGAUGAUGGACAGCCUAAAUUCAUACUUGGAAAAACGGCUUGGAUUAAGGAAAUGCAAUGACGACAUCCAACGGAAAUACAACAUUAAACCCUCCGAGGACAGACUCUGGACCUUGCCGGACAUCAAAAAGGCCUGGGGAAAGACACAGCGCAUGUUCGCAAGCAGCAGACGAGACGGAUGGUCUGUUAUUUUGUGCAAACAAAUUCGACAACAUCUGGAAAAGUGUGAGAUUGAUAGACUGAAACGUGAAAUCACUGCGGAAAAUGCAAAAGUUAAAGCAUUAGCCUCUCAAUUACAGGAAGAGAAAAAGGAAAAAGAGAGACUAUUAGCUGAAAAUAAAAAAUGGCUAGAUCUAAUCUCCAAACAGCUACAAUCAAAAGACUGUGAUAAAGCAGCAGCCUCUUCCAAUACACAUGAAGGAGGUGCUAAGCAAAGGAGACCAGAACUGCUCUACCCAUUCAAAGAGCUGAGAGCCAUUGAGGAACAACAACACCGUCAUUUACUGGAGGAAUUGCCACAUGACCAUGGUAGCAGCUCAGACGGUGAGGAAUUGUCCAAUGACACACCUGCUGCUGCACUUGUGACAAAGGACAGCAGUGCACAGGUCAAAUCUACCUCCACAACAAGCACAAAGGUUAGGCUUGCUCCUGUCGUAAUCAAACACCGUAGAACUGAAGUGGAAGUUCAAAGUGAAGAGGAGUUUGAGGAGGAUGGCCAGAGACGGACUCGUAUUGUGACAAAGAAGGUCAAAAGAUACCUCCCAUGUAAGACUUACCAACCAGCCACACCAGAACAAAUUGAUAAAUGGUCCAAGGAAUUACCAGACGCAUAUAAACAGCCGCGCAAGGCAUGGCAAGUUCUUGAACGCUUACGAAAAAUUUACACUCUACACCCACUGGAUGCUGCUAUGAUCCUCAAUGUAAACUUAAGGGACAGCGAUCAAAAUAAGCUGACUGAAAGUGUAGAGACAAGGGCAGGGGAGUCUCAAGACAAUGUUGAUGCAGGAUGGGAGGCCGUACGAACCUUUUUAUAUGAACUUAAACCUGCAGAAGUCAAUUGGGCCAAAAUCACUUCAUGCACACAGAAAGCAGGAGAGAGUGUUGCAGAAUAUGAGGAACGCUUUAAGCAGAUUUGGCUGGAACAUGCUGGUCUGAACAACGACGAUAUAGGCAAGGAUACUGGCAUGCCUUUAAAAACUUCAUUUGUGAAUGGACUAAAGCCAGAGUUAUCCAAAGCCCUUAAAGUCCGUUAUGAUGACUGGGAUGGUGUUGGGACAGCUUUCAAUCAGGUUGUGGAAUGGUCAGCGAGGAUUGAAAGAACACAGGACGCCAAACUCAGAGCCUUACAAACUAACGCUCUGAAAUACAACAAUCCUGGAACCAGAAUUAAGACCCCUGCUGGGGGAACACCAGCCCCACCAGGUCCAUUCCGACACCUUCAGUUGGACUACAUAACCCUGCCUAAGUGUGGGAGGUUUCAGGAUGUGCUUGUAGAUAAAUUCUCCAGAUGGGUGGAAGCAUUCCCAACUAAACAUGGAACGGCAGCCCACACAGCCAAAACACUGGUGAAGGACAUCAUUCCUCGAUGGGGCCUGCCAGAAUGCACAGACUCAGACCAAGGAACACAUUUCACAAUGUGUCGCAUGAUAAAUACAAGAAAUUACAUUGUCCUUACAGACCACAAGCUUCAGGUCGAACACAAAGAAUGAAUCGUCAUCACAGAUCAUCUGUCCAAGCUCCACCAGGAAGGAAUCCCUUGGAAACUGGACUAAACCUUUUGAAUUAUCACAUCAUCAUCAGUCAUCACAGGCCGGCCCAUGCCCCAACCCGGAACAAUGGAUCUGCACAAAGCCGACGUGCAUUUAAUUUCUGACAGCCUGAUCCGGUACUGCGAAAA